CGGAUAUAGAGAUAAGGGAGAUAAACAAGAAAUUAACGCGCUAAAAUUUGAGUUUUUUGUAAACAAACACCACAACUGGACAGAACCUUAAAAAUGUGAAAAUGACAGCAACUGUUCUUAAACCACAUAAUAAGCUACCAAAGUACAACACAGUUACAGUUUUAUUAGUAGGAGCUGAAGGUACUGGAAAACAUGAAUUAGCCAAAGGAAUUAUUUCUAUUGAUGAACCUUUCUCUGUUCAAAUUCGUACAGCCACAUGUUUACCAUUGUCUACUGAAGAUGAGGAAAGCAGACCUAGGAUUGAUUUUAUAUGCUUUAUUGUAGAUCUGACCAACAGGGAAAGCAUGAGAGUGGUAGAGAAAUCAGUGAAACAUGUAGACCUCAGAUAUUUUCUAGGAAGAUCUUGUUUUGUGGCUUUGAAAGUGAAAUGUCCUGAGAAGAGAGGAGUAGGUUUGGAGUUAGUUUCUGAGUUUUGUGAUCAUUAUGGUGCUCCUAUAUUGUAUGGAGCACUUGAGACUGAUCAAGAACAGAUAACUCUUGCAAAACAGAUUCUAAACAUGGCAAAAGUUUCAGCAGGAUUAGUGAACAAUAUUUCUCCAUUGCUAAUAGACUCUACCAGAAGACCAUAUGAUACACAAUUAUUAUGAUGAUAAACAUGAAUAUGACUAGAAAAAUAAUGAGGACUUCUCUUCAUUGACAUAGAUUGAUAUUGAAAUUGAUUCUGUAGUAACAAAAACAUGUAUAAAAUGUCAAUUUUUUUCUUAGUAUGGUGAAAUAUUGUAUGUUGCAUAUCCACACUAUGUUAACAUUGUCCUCUUUGCAUAUUAAAAACCCUAGCAACAAAUCUUUGAGGGUUGCAUAGGUUGCCUGAGGCAAGGCAUAAUUUCUGUCCAUGUAUAUACCAGGUACCCUCAUUUUUCAGUGGCAUUAAAAAUUUGCCUGAUCUUUAUCUAGAACAGCCUUCAUUGCAGGACCUUAAUAUCUUAUUUAUUCUUAAUUUGUUCCUGAUUCCUGAACAUGCAUGAAAUAUUUGCAACUGUAAGUCAAGCAACUAACAUUAACAAUCAAUCAUCUCUAUGUCAAACUUUCACGUUCUCUGGUGUACUGUAACUUCAUAAUUUCCAGCACCUAAGGUAAAAUAAAUUCUACAAGGAACAAAAUAUAUUUUCCCUCAUUAUUUCUCUUUUUGGGUGCAUAAAGAAUUUGACAACUUAAUCAUGUUUAUGAGCUCCCAAUUGCUCUUAACCUAGGAUUUAUUUAACAGCAGAAUAUAUGACCCCAUUCAAUUUAUUUUGAUUUCAAUCUAAAAUGCUUUUGAUUCAGUAGAUUGGCGAUGGUGAAUGAUGUAACAAAAUAUAUUUUAUUGAACCAACUACAUACAGAUGUACACACAUGUUUUGUUUGUAAUAACACUAGCUCUGUCAUAUAUAGAUUACAUCAAUCAUCAUACACAUACUUUUCCUCCCACUUUUAAAAAUUUAACAAUUUAUUUCUGAUUUUUCACUCGACUUUCAAGUAUUACUUUAAUGCCAUGUUUUGCUCUCAUUACUAGUUCAGGAUUUAUAUCAUAGUUGUGUCCUUCGACCAGCUUUACUUUGUAUCUGAAAACAUAAUGUACAACUUUUGUCAUUCCACGAAAAAGAGAAUAAGUAACCAAAUUGUUGUUCAAAUACGCAUGAUUAAGCUCUGUAUGUAUACUUGCAUCAAUAAAUACUGUGACAGUAA